AUGAAGUUGAAAACGAUAAGCAGGUCAUCGGACACUUAUGUUCCUGUACGAAACACUCAGGAAAGUUCAUUGCCUCGUAAUUUAAACCCGGCACUACAUCCGUUCGAAAGGGCGAGAGAGUAUAGUCGAGCUCUCCAAGCUACCAAACUUGAGAGGAUGUUUGCACAACCAUUUAUUGGUCAGCUAGGCGAUGGACACCGAGAUGGUGUUUACGUACUUGCAAAGAACUACCACUCUACUAAUCAAUUUGCAAGUGGAAGUGGUGAUGGUGUGAUCAAAUACUGGAACUUGACAUCGAGACAAGAAACUGCUAGUUUUAGAGCUCACUAUGGAAUGUGCACGGGGCUCGUUAUUACUCCAAAGAACCAAAUGUUGAGUUGUGGUGAUGACAAGCUGAUCAAGUUGUGGUCUGUAGACAGCGAAGAUUUCGACAAGAGCGUACAAGAAGAUGAAAUCUAUACCAACAAGGACCAAGGUUUGGUGAAAACCUUUAUCGGCGAGCAUGCAUUUAAGGGUAUUGAUCACCACAGAGAGGACCCAGUGUUUGUAACUGGAGGUGCCCAAAUACAGUUGUGGGAUAUGAACCGUUCUAAAUACAUCAGUAACUUGUCUUGGGGCGCCGACAAUGUCAACACAGUCAAAUUUAAUCAGACAGAGACCAACAUUAUUGCUAGUACCGGGUCAGAUAAUUCAAUCGUGUUGUACGAUGUACGUACUAAUGUUCCAGUUCAAAGAGCAGUAACCAAUUUCAGAAACAAUUGUAUCAGUUGGAAUCCCCUUGAAGCGUUCAAUUUCGUUUCUGGAAACGAAGACCACAAUGCAUACUUGUGGGACAUGAGGAAUAUGAAAAAGUCAAUAAACAUUUAUAAGGACCAUGUUGCUGCAGUUAUGGAUGUUGAUUUUUCACCAACUGGAGAGGAGAUUGUGACUGGGUCUUAUGAUAAAACCAUCCGCAUAUUCAAUUCCCGAUCGGGCCAUUCGCGUGAUAUUUACCACACCAAAAGGAUGCAGCAUGUCUUCUGCACUAAGUUUAGUACCGACGCUCGGUACAUUCUCAGUGGAUCAGACGAUACCAACGUGAGAAUAUGGAGAACAAAGGCUUCAGACAGGUCCAAUAUUAAAUCCAUGAAACAAAGAAACAAGCUUGAAUACGACGACAAGUUGAAAGAGAGGUUCCAAUACAUGCCUGAAAUCAAGAGAAUUGCUAGGCACAGACAUGUACCGAAGGUUGUCAAGAAAGCACAAGAAAUUAAGCGUAUUGAAAUUGAAAGCAUAAAGAGGAGAGAAGAUAAUGAGAGGAGACACAGCAAAAAGGGAAGCAAGCCUUAUGUACCCGAACGGGAGAGGCAGGUUAGAGGAACUGCUAUUUGA